GAUAUUACUGAGGAUAAUUUGACUUUUCUCGCUCAUCUAGUGGAAGGAAACAUUGCCCCUGAUUCACCUCCCCUUCCAUUAGACUUUACAGCUCGUUUGGUUUCUCUGGCAGCCCGUGACGAAAUCGGUGAGGAUAUAAAGCGCGCACCUGGAGACUGAGCUCGGCCAACUGGCGUGAGAAGGAGCGCUCAGAAAACCCAGCCACGCAGCUAAAGCGAAACGCAACAUGACCGCCAACUUCUGCGUGUUCUGCCUCUCCUCUCUCCUGCUUCUGAACUCCAUCGGGGCCAAACCGCUCUCCGAAUUACAGGAGAGCCUUAAGGAGCUCCUGGAGGAAGAGCAAACCGCCAACGAGCCUUUCCUCGGUUCGGAGGUGUCGGAGUCUGCGUCGGAGUCCGAGCGUGGAGGCGGGACGGCGGAGCGCCGCGCUCUCAGUGGAAGCGCCUGGACCGUCGGGGAACUCGACGGCGCGCUCGCGGCUAAAGAGAACGCGCUGGACCGCCUGAUUGGGGACAUCCUGUCCGUGUCCAAGCGCAGUCGCUUCAAGAAAGGUGGUUUAAGAAGCUGUUUCGGUGUUAGGCUAGAGCGCAUCGGCUCUUUCAGUGGUCUCGGAUGCUAGAAGCGUCAGGACAGGCUUGCACUGGAACAGGGCUUUAAAACUCCUAACUUGAAACUCCUCGAGCAGGGCACAUGUGUUAUUGUUACUGGUUUUAAUUGAACCUGAUUUUGAAAUAUUGUCAUGUUUACAGCUGUUUGCAGAGCAUCUUCUGUUGUGUGUUAUUUAUUUCUUGGUGACUGUGUAUUGUAAAUAAUUGUUGUUGUUGUUGUUGUUGUUUUUUUAAACCUAUGACCUAAGUGCUUUUACUGCUUCUUCUGUAUAUGUAUUUAUUUCUUGUCCAAAUUCAUGUGGUGUGAAAUUAUUAAUAAAUAUU